CACGGCUCGGCUCGUCACGGCUCGGUUCGGCACGGCACAGGACGGCUCGGUUCGGCUCGGCCCGGCCCGGCUCGGCUCGGCACGGCUCGGCCUCGCGGGAGAGCGGCUGCGAUCCGCCGCGGCCGGCGAUGGGAGAUGGAGGGAGCCGGAGAUGCGGCAGAAGCACUUAUGUGGGAUAAUGAUGCAUUAGCUCACGCCCAGACUGUUGCCAAGGCCAAAUAUGAAUUUUUAUUUGGCUUGGAUCAAGAGAAGCCUUCAGAAAGGGGUAGUGGCCAUGGAAGCAGCACUUUGCUCCCGCAUACCAUCAUCAAUGAAUUUCCAGAGUAUGGCACUGUAGAGUCAAGUGGAGACACACCAAGGCCUUCAUCGCCACGCCUGGUAGAGCCUGUGACACGCAGUCCGGAACAACGGGAUGGUCAUCACAGGAUACCUGGUGGGCCCCUUCCUCAGCAUGUGACUCCUGCAGACAAUUUGAGACCUGACACUGGGGCAGCGCAGCUGCAUGCCCCAGAAGGAAGUUUGCAACCUGCGAGUAACCUACCAGAGAUUAUGAAAAUCUCUCCACAGUUGGAAGCAACAAAGGUGCAAGAGACAGCAAAUACUUCUCUCGAUUCAGAGAUGCAAAUGGAAAAAAAGAGUGUUACUGGCAGCCAAAAUGUGCAGGCAGCCAGAGAACCAGUUCCAGCAGGCCAAGGAGAACCCUCAGACAUGCCUCUUCCAUCUGAACGAACAGCUGAGGAAAAAAUGCAUUUGAUCGUAGAGAAAGAUCUGGCUGCAAUAUGGACUGGAGAAAAGCAGUCUGAGCCCAUGCAAGCCAUCAGUAAUAAAGCCGAGGAGGUCCACGCAGCGCAGGAGACAAGCUGUCAUAGACCAUCUGUGACAAACCUGGAAGCAGCCAGCAGAGUGGAGGGGUGGGCGCAUUUUGAGGAGUUUUCAGCGUACAGUCAAGGCAAAAUGCAAAUGGGUCCUGAGAGGAGGCUCUCUAAAGAGGCAGCUGUGAGCAAACAUGUAGAAUUUCAAGGGGUGGAGAUUUUAUGGCUGCAGAAAGCUGAGGAGCAGAGAAGAAAGAAGCACUUGCUGCUGGAGACUGUGUCUGUGGAGAGGAAGGCGUUCCCCAAAACAUCCAGCCACCCUGCGCCACUGAUGGUCCCCCCAGGCUUGGUCUCCUUUCUGGAGAGCACUUGGAGCGAGGUCUGUGAGGACCCAAGGCUGGGACCCACUACCUCUGGAGCCACUCCUCUAUCGCGGCUCAGUGAAAGAGGGGAGGAUGAAGUUUUUGUGACGGACAAGAAGAACUGUGGCGAGGAGGAGACAGCUGUACUAGCAAAAGGCCAGGGCAGGAUGAUGGAGGAGGGAGAAGCAGCCACUGGAGGAUAUGAAGAUGUCCUUGGGCAGAGGCACUCCGAUGUCUCCACUGAUUUGUACAGCUCACAGUUUGAAAACAUCCUAGACAAUGCAUCUUUAUACUACAGCGCUGAGUCGCUGGAGACGUUGUACUCAGAGCCAGAUAGCUACUUCAGCUUUGAGAUGCCACUCACUCCCAUGAUCCAGCAGCGCAUGAAGGAGGGCAGCCAGUUUUUAGAUCGGACGUCAGCCACAGGGCAGCCAGAUGUCCUGCAUCUUCCCCCCAAUGGGGAGGUGAAGGGCUGCAGUGAAGGCAUCGCCAAUGGCUUCAGGGACAUAAGCGAAACACUCUUCAGAGGAGACGUCACAGAAGUCCCCUGUUUGGAAAGAAAUGCUGAACUGCAGAAUAUGGUGUUAGACUCCAGUGCUGCCAUGGGGAGCAAUGAACUUCAGGAGAAAGAUGCCACCGGAGACCUUGGCCAUGAUCUCAGCAAUGGCAACAGCAGCAAUUUGGAAGCAGCCAGGCGUCUGGCUAAGCGCCUCUACCAUCUGGACAGAUUCAAACGCUCUGAUGUGGCAAAGCAUUUGGGUAAAAACAACGAAUUCAGCAAGCUUGUGGCCGAAGAAUACCUUAAGUUUUUUGACUUCACAGGCAUGACGCUGGACUACUCUCUCAGGAGUUUCUUUAAAGCCUUUUCACUUGUUGGAGAAACUCAAGAACGAGAGAGAGUUUUAAUCCACUUCUCCAGCAGAUACUACCAGUGCAAUCCAAAUACCAUUUCUUCUCAAGAUGGAGUUCACUGUCUCACGUGUGCCAUGAUGCUGCUGAACACAGACCUGCAUGGCCACAACAUUGGGAAAAAGAUGACCUGCCAAGAGUUCAUUGCUAACCUCCAAGGGAUGAAUGAUGGCAGAGACUUCCCGAAAGGGCUGUUGAAGGCCCUCUACAAUUCAAUCAAGAAUGAGAAGCUGGAAUGGGCAGUGGAUGAAGAAGAGAAAAAAAAGUCUCAUUCAGAUGGUACAGAUGAAAAGGAUAAUGGAAGCCAGACAAAGGCUGUCAGUCGAAUUGGCAACUCAAAUAACCCAUUCCUGGACAUCCCUCAUGACACCAAUGCUGCUGUGUAUAAAACUGGAUUUCUGGCUCGGAAAAUCCAUGCGGAUAUGGAUGGAAAGAAAACUCCCCGGGGAAAGCGAGGCUGGAAAACCUUUUAUGCUGUGCUGAAGGGAACGGUCUUGUACUUGCAGAAGGAUGAAUAUAAGCCAGAAAAGGCUUUGUCGGAGGAAGAUCUGAAGAAUGCAGUUAGUGUGCAUCAUGCGCUGGCAUCCAAGGCAACAGACUAUGAGAAGAAACCCAAUGUCCUCAAGCUUAAAACAGCAGAUUGGAGGGUCCUGCUUUUCCAAGCCCAGAGCCAAGAAGAAAUGCAGAGCUGGAUCAGUAAGAUAAAUUGUGUGGCUGCUGUCUUCUCUGCACCACCAUUUCCAGCGGCAAUUGGCUCACAGAAGAAGUUCAGUCGCCCACUCCUGCCAGCCACCACAACGAAGCUAUCUCAGGAUGAACAGCUGAAGUCCCAUGAAGCUAAGCUGAAGCAGAUCUCCACUGAGCUUGCUGAACAUCGCUCCUAUCCUCCUGACAAGAAGCUUAAAGGCAAGGAAGUAGAUGAUUACAAGCUGAAGGACCACUAUCUGGAGUUCGAGAAAAAUCGCUAUGAGAUUUACGUUGGCCUUCUGAAAGAAGGGGUGAAAGAGCUGCUGAGCGGAGGAGAGAACGAUGCACCAGGACUGAAGAAAUCCCACUCAAGUCCCUCAUUGAAUCAGGAGUCUCCAGUUAGUGCCAAGGGGCUGGACCGUCACUCCCUGGCUGAGGAAGGAGAGACAGGAGAGGACCUCACUUGGUCUGCAUCGGACAGCAGAGAGUUGAGGGAGAAGGACAAAAUUGCCUUCCCUACUCAGCAGCCAAAGCAGGUGAGAUACUCUCUGGAAGCCGAAAGGACACUCUCCAUGAAUCAGCAGGAUGCAGGGGUCUGGUUGAGAUCAUUUUCACUCAGCAGCAGCUGCAAAAGAGACUCUCCGGGCUGGCUGUGUGUUUGUGUGCAUCUUGCAGAUAAAUCAUGUAUGGACCAGUGAACAUGACUACAGCUUUUAAAUGCAGUAUUUAUGUUGUGUCUUUAAUUGAUGUAGAGAGAUAAGUCAGCCAGCAGAGUGAUUAAUGUAGCAGAGCUGUGGGGGAACACUGUUCAGCUACAAUGCCGACUCAGACAGUUUUUCAUCUGUAGCCAGCCACUUGUAAUUGGUUACCAAGAAGCUUUCUAAGGGCUUUCUAAGAUCAUCCCUUAAAUGCUUUCCCCCUGAUGCUGCCUGCUCCCAGGGUGUGGUCUGUCCACAUUUGGGGGCUCUCCUGGAGAGCAGUGCUCAGCCUAGCCUUGUUUUGAGCUAGAGUUCGGACUAGCAGACCUCCAGAGACUGGAAUUGUUCAGUGACUUUUCACAGGUCCAGUGCCUUCUGAUAACAAGGCUGAUUGUUCUUCUGGCUUGAAACAGGCAAUAUUUUUGCCUUUCUCCAGUGGGGGAGUGAUAGUCUUGUUUGAUGAGAGCAGCCCCUUCAGUGAGGAGGGGGUUGUGGCAGUGGAGAAAGUCGAAGGUGGCAGGGUUAUCACUUGGCUUCUGGAGGCAUUGCAUGACGAUGUUCUUCUUGAAAGCGGAGAAGGCUUUUCUCUGCAGACACUGUACCACUUCCCAUGUCUGCAUUCUCCAUCCCUAAAUCAAUUUUGGCCUUAUCGCAGUUAGUCUGACAGCUCCUCCUCCUUUUCUGUCAAGCUGCUCCUGUCUGUCAUCUUAGCACCUCAGCUGCUUCUGUAUAACAGGUCUCUUUCCUUCCAUGCUUGCAGAAAUCCAGAAAAUUUGACUGUCCCAUCUUGCCGUGAGAAAACCUGCUCUGAAGCAGUGCUGCAUUGAAUGGAUAACCCUGUGAACAGCUUUUUCAUUCUGCUUGUUGGUAUCCUGUGUUUCCAGCCACAGUUAUAGCUGGGAGGUGCGAGACAGAGUUCCCGACUGCCAUGAUCCUCUAGUGUUACAUUGCAGGGAUGAAAGGUCCCCCCUUCCACCUUCAGACCAAAUACUUCUGACAUUCCUAGUCUCCACAAGUCUUGGAGGCAGAAGCAACCCCUGCUGUGGCAAAACUUUUAAAUGGUGUUUUGCAAGGAGUUGGGUCCUUUCCAAACCAGGCCAUACGUUUUGCAGCCUUUUGGGGAGCUGUGUUAAAAAAAAAAAAAAAAAAAAGCGCCAUUUUCAACCAGUGUCCCUCAAGCACAGAGAGAUGGCAUCCAGCUUGUCGGAAACUCUGGCUGCUUUUGCAGAGGCAAAGUCAGUAUACACACUUUACCUCAGGUGCUCUUCCAGCUUGAUGCUUGUUUAAACUUUACCCAGUAUUGCUCUCCCCAGGCUCUGGGACAUCCCAUUAGCUCUGAGAGGGCAGUUAUUAAGUCCAUAUUUCUUCUCAGAGCAUGACUAGAGCUCCCCAGCAUGUAUUCCCAGCAUCUGAUAUCUAGGCUGCCUGGAGGGGCUAGGCAAAGAAACUGUCUCAGAAAUUUCUUUGAAAGAGCUGGUCUCCAGCUUAUGAUUUUUAGAGAAUAUUUUUAGUGCAUAUAAAAGCAGUAUGCCUGGCCUUUCCUCUCUCUGAGCGCUCUCCCAGCAGCAUGGGUCUAGUGUAGUGAAUUGCUUCACCUGGGUCUUCACCGUGGGGGAUCUAAACAUUUGCUCCAGUGAGAAGAGGCUUUGUCAGCCUCCAGAGAAAUUAUACCACCUAAGCUGAGCACCAGUGCACAGGGCAACAAUACUGCAGAAUAGUCAGAAAGGCAGUGCCACCCUCCAUGGCUGGUCAACUGCUGGGGACUUUGUGCUCAAGCAUUGCCCUCAGGGCUGGGGAUGAUUAGAAGUGCAGGCUUCCUUUCUCACCUACACUGCACUGCUUGAGGAACCGCCCCCACCACUGGUUCCUUCUCUCCCUUGUGACUGCAGCACCCUUAUCCAGGGGUGCCACGGUCCCGCUGUUAGGAGGCUAGUUUAAAUAAAAGCAAGGAGGACAGGUUCCAGGGAAAUGUGUCCAGGUGCCAUCUGGGAGUUGAACAGUGAACGCAGGCAGGCUCAGCCCUGCCUGAGAGAAGGUACCUUGCUCGUCCGUUUUGUUAGCUGCACUGAGGCUGUAUUUUAAUUAUUAUUAGAGCACUUCCCUUAGCAAAUGCAAGGAACAGCUUUCCCAAGGGCCACACCAUUGACCUGACUUUCCUCCCAUGCUCUGAAGGAGCAAAUUUAGGCCAGCCGAAAGCAUUCUCUAUCUUCCCUUUCAAACAAUGAACUACUGCAUAAAAAUUAUAAAUGUUUAACCAUGAGGGACCUCCUAUGGCAUCUGCUGUUAAAUCUGUGCCAGGAAUCAGCUGGGGUACAGGCCGAAGGUUUAUUUGGAGCAAGAAAAAGUCCCUCACUUAGCACUUUCAAUCUUUGCAUUGCUACAAAUUACAAGGGCAGGAUUUUUCUCUGACAUAAACCAUUGCAAUGAAUAGCCGCCCUAUAGCAGUGGUCCUGUAUGUAACUCACCUAAAUGAGACCAGCAAAACUAGAUACUUUUUGUCUAAGGAGGCAAGGUUUCAGCUUUGCCUUAGGCCAAGUGUAUAUCCUGGUGUAACCACAGAGCAGGUAGCCAAGCUGCUGGGGAGAUUUGUUUGUUGCAAAAUACUCUGACUCCCCUGAACCUCCUGCUGGGAGAAAGGAGAUCAAUGAUACCUACUCUGUGUCACUGCAUGGGGCAAACUGUAUCACUGAUACAAGUUUUAAAUCACUUACACACUUAUUAAAACCUCAUGCUCAGUGCUGUCAAAUUCUGAAAGACUGUAGGAUGAGAACAGGGAUAUGUUGUGCAAUUUUUUAGAAAUUUGUACGUAUUCAUGACAACUAUGUCCUCUUACUCAAGGCUGGGAUUAUAAUUUGGCUGAAAGAAGAGAGUUUUUUGACACUUGGAAAGCUUUAAAAUCACUAUUCUUUGCCUGAGGUACAAUCUGAGACUUAAAUUACUUGGUGAAUAUGUUUAAGUGAUGCCUAUAGAUGUGUUUAUGUAUUUCAUAGGUAUAGUAUGGCUUCUGUGGCUCAGCACUUCAAAGCCUGCGCUUCUUUUCUGAGGCUUAAUUUGGUCAAAGCACUUCAGCAGCUGCAAGCUUUGUUGGGAUGCUUGUCGUUCUAGUUGUUCUCAAAUUAGGUUAAACAGUCAUCAGAGCUUUCUCAGAUUUAGGGUAUCCCUUGAGCUGCCUUGAUCUCCAUGUGUUGUCCACCAGAGGCUGCCUGUUGUUCUGCACGUUGAAAGCAAGGGAAUGUAUUUGAGAGUCUAAGCAAGGAUUACUGGGUGGGAUUUUCUGCUAGUUUAACACUGGCCUAACUCUCUCCCUGUUGAUGUCAGCCAGUGCCUGCACCAGGAGCAUCCAUGCUGACUUCUUCUGAAAAUCACACUCUGGGGAUCUAAUACACAGCUUUACUUCUGAAAAUGUUGACCUCGCCCUGUGAAAAUUCAGCAAGGGGACAUCAUGUCCAAAAGUGUCCAAGCAGGACAGGUGCCUGUGAUGUCUCCUGCAGAUACAGCUGUACAGCAGUAGUGAGGGAUUCUUUCUGCAACUGUACAGAUUUCCAGAAGAAUGUCUGGCUCAUCAGCAGGGAGAAGAGCAGCAGGGCUGAAAUGUCUCUCUUGGGCAUCUUGUAUACCUCUCAGAGGUUUUCCUUGGGAGGCUUAACCAAACUUUUAACAAGUUGCUGGUCUAAGUAAAAAGACACAGGGAAACCCAGUGAGUUUUCCUGUUGUGCUCUAGUCACUGUAGCACUAGCAUUAUCUGCAUUAUCCCUGGAAGGGAAGAGCAAAGCCCGAGGAUGUGAUUCUUACCUGGAGUCAUAAAACUCAUGCAGUUAACUUGAAGCACUUGAGCAACCUCAGUGAAGCCAUGCCUUUGUACUUCACUGGACCAUGGUCGGUGUGAUUGUGCCCUGCAGGACUGAGAUGCAAGUGGACUGCAGGUCAGGGUGAAACAAAGAGGGACCUCUCCAUCACCUACCUUUGAGUGAGCUGUAAUCCUGUAAUCCUUUUUCAGGUACUGAGCUUCGCCCUUGAGUUACCUGCCUCCCAUGGUAAUGUAGUGAGAAGAUGAGGGUAAGCACUGUCUCAGAGUCUCAGUUAGAAGUGUCAUUUGCCCUCCACAUGAGCUGUUGCAGUGUUGUUUUCCCUUAGGCUGAGAAAGGGAACUGAAUUUUCAGUUAUUGUUGCAUGGUACCCACAUGGGAAGAGCAACUCUUGGUAGUAGUAGUGCAGAAAAACAUUCUGCGCAUGUGUCUACACAUACCUUGUGCAUCUCUUGUGUGCAGAUCUAACCUUACAGGGCCUGACAGCAGUUCUUGCAAGACCUUUCCUCUGGAUGGCUUUUUAUCCCUUUUGCCAAGUAUAGGAACCUUCUUUCUGGUAACCGUGAACUCAGUUUACUCUUAUCACUGAAUCGCUGGAGUGUUUUUCAUGCAACACACUAGAGACGCAGUCCUGGUCUCGCUGCUUUGUAGUAACUUCUUGGUCUGCUGUGAAAUAGCAUUGAGGUAAUCACUAAAUUUUUUCCAGCAGCAGGCAACUUGCUGCGCUGACUCUUGGGGUGGUCAUCGUCUCAGGUUUGAGGCUGCCCUACUACCAGGGCACCCUGUUCUGUCCCUGGGAACACGCAUGGCCAGAAAAGCAUACUCUUCAGUGGCCAGAGUCAGAGCUGUGCAGACUUAAGUCAAGCCCUGGUUCUUAGGAGAUGUUUCCACGUGCUGCCGUUGUCCAUAAGGACUUAAACAUAUACUUGCUUACACAGAGAUGCUUUCCUGAAGCAGAGUUGUCACUCUUUUCUACAGGUACCACAGGAUGCCCUCCCUUAUUCUGCUUCAUGUAACUGGUACUAGAAUGAUUAUUUCAUGAUAAAUGAAGGCACUUAAUCAGUCCUCUUCCCCUUGGAAGAAGGACUUUUGGGGAUAUUGUUAUAUCAUUUAAAAUAAUAUUUUGGAAUUUAAGUUUACAUUGCUUUAUUUUUCACUUGAGGUGACUGUAUAUAAAUAUUUUCCUCUAUUUUAUCAUUGCUGAUAAAGUAAGCCUACAGUAUACAGACAGAUAAUUUGCCUUUGAUGUAUUGAAACUGUGAGAUAUAAAGUAGACUUUUCUCUUGUGUCCAUGUUCCUGACUAUAACUCUGUUCCUCUGUGUUUUUAUAAGUUGGAAUAAAUGUUGCUUACGGGCAACAGAGAGCCUGCAAGCUUCCCAAUAAUUUUUAUGUAAUUGAAAGCAAGCAACCCUAGUGAAGGAUCUCACAUAUGUAUAAUGAUAUAUGUAUAUGUACAAACUUUAGAAAGAAAUAAACCAAAUGUAUUUCA